AUGAGCAAUCCGUGGUAUUCUCAGAGCUAUCCCGGCCCGAGGGGUUAUGGCCAGGGUGGCGAGAUGAUGACGAUGAGAGGAGAUACCGAGCGGAGUGGAUCGGCAGCUGCUGCAGCUGAGGCGGUAGCUGGGAUCAAGCGGAGGAAGAAGCCCUAUGCAGCGCCCAAGGGAGUGUGGCGUAAUAAUGGAGGAUAUAAUGCUACCAUUUACGUUAAUAAGAAGCGAAUCUACGGGCCUGUGCGACGGAACUUGGCCGACGCUGUGUCGGACAGGCGGAUUAUGGAGGACUCAGUAGAUUCGGCCAGGAGUAAGAUUGAGAGGUCGAUCGAGGAAGAGCAUAAGAUCUUCGAGUCUGAUCAAGCGAGGGAGUCGUUCAUUGCAGAGGAAUGCCAUACGAUGAUAAGGGAAGUAGUUGCGAAACUGCGAGCGGAGCGAGGCAACACUCAUAACUCCACCAACCCGGUUUCUCCUGAUCAUCGGCCGCCUGUCCAGACUCCGUUGGUCUCGCAGCGUUACAAAAGGCCGGGGAUUGUACCGUCUCUGGCUCAAGCUGUGUAUGGCACGGCGCCUGCUGUUGGUCGAGGUCCUGGAAAUAUGAUGUCUUUCAUGAUGCCGCCUUACCCGCCUACAGCCUGGUCAAGGCCCAUUGGUAGUGCCAAGACUACUGGCAGCCCGCUGUUGCUCAAGACGAGGAAGCGAGAUCGGUCGGAGGGUCCUGAGGAGGUUGCCACUACUGCUAAGGCGGAUAGUAUGCUGCCCAACACUGGAUUGGCUCAUAGUGUUAUCUUCGGCGGUGGUGUGGGCACUACUAGUAUUGAGAUACCCACUGACCCUUCGGAGCUCACUGAAGGGGUCACAACGGACCCUAAGCGGGCGAGGACCACCACGCCUGUAACAGCAACAACUUCAUCAUCAUCAACAACAACAUCGUAUGUACCCUUAUCGCCUUUGUUCAACCCUGGCUCGCCUCCACUGUCAAGUCGAAUGUUCUCACCAGCUUUACCCAAGUAUUUGCAGAGCCCCGCAUUCCCUGCUACACAGCUUGCCUCUUCUAGAGGGGCACCUCCUCUCGGUUCUAAUGUUGCUGACGGGUCGAUCAUGGAUGGAGACAUCCAACUGGAGGAAAGUGCUGUUGGGUCUUCAGGCCUCUGCCCCAAGGGCAUGCAGACAUCUUUCGGAUUCCCUAUGACCCCAACCUUUUUGCCAUAUCAGACCACACCGGCUGGAACUACUCUUGCUAGCGCGAGUUCAGCUUCGUCAGCCACUACUACUGCUGCUGCCGGGGCUGUUGACUCGGCUGCCCCCACCCCCGCACCAUCGACGUUGCGAUCGUUGGCCUUCACUUCUCCUGGUCUUCUACCUGCCCCUUCUCAUGCAGGGGCAACUACAGUAGCUGCUACUGCAUCCUUCUGGACACCGCACUUACAUUAUCUCAAGCAUAGCCCAGCGUUCGCUAGUCAGAGCAGCGCCGCUGCUACUGAAGGUUAA